CGGCGGGGCGGGCGGGCCGCGCCUGUCAGCGGGGCGGCGGGAUGGCGGCGCUGUACGCCUGCACCAAGUGCCACCAGCGCUUCCCCUUCGAGGCGCUCAGCCAGGGCCAGCAGCUCUGCAAGGAGUGCCGGAUUGCUCAUCCCAUUGUUAAAUGCACUUACUGCAGGACUGAAUUCCAGCAGGAAAGCAAAACCAACACGAUAUGCAAGAAGUGUGCUCAGAACGUGAAGCUCUAUGGCACACCAAAACCCUGCCAGUACUGCAACAUCAUAGCAGCGUUUAUUGGAAACAAAUGCCAGCGCUGCACCAACUCAGAGAAGAAGUAUGGCCCUCCUCACUCGUGUGAGCAGUGCAAGCAGCAGUGUGCGUUCGACCGCAAGGAUGACAGGAAGAAGGUGGAUGGGAAGCUGCUGUGCUGGUUGUGCACGCUGUCCUACAAGCGAGUCCUGCAGAAGACCAAAGAGCAGUGCAAACACCUGAGCAGCUCUUCCCGGGCCAGCCUGCAGGAGAAGGAGCAGUUCAGUCGGCUCAGCACUGGCAGCCACUAUAACAGCCAGAAAACCUUAUCCACGUCUUCCAUUCAGAACGAAAUCCCAAAGAAGAAAGCCAAGUUUGAUGCCAUAUCUGCCAAUGGUGACAGUUUUUCUCCAGACCUCGCCCUGGACUCCCCUGGCACUGAUCACUUUGUCAUCAUUGCCCAGCUGAAGGAGGAAGUGGCUACUUUAAAAAAGAUGCUUCACCAGAAGGAUCAGAUGAUUUUGGAGAAGGAGAAGAAGAUCACAGAGCUGAAAGCUGACCUGCAGUAUCAAGAGUCACAGAUGAGGGCAAAGAUGAACCAGAUGGAGAAGACACACAAGGAGGUCAUGGAGCAGUUACAGGCCAAGAACAGAGAACUCCUGAAGCAAGCAGCUGCCUUGUCAAAAGGCAAAAAGCCUGAGAAGUCAGGAGCAAUAACCUCCCCUUAAAGCCUCCCCCCAGCCUGGGAGCUUUGGCCAGCAUUAGCCGAGGAGCCUGGGAGCCCUGCUGGAUCGCUGGGAGCCCAAAGCUCUGUGUUGUCACUGUCCCACUGCUGGGGACUCCCUGGGAUUCCUGGUGCGUGUUACCUUCCGACAGCAUGCCUGAGUGUGGCCGGUGUGAUCCGUGGGGACAGGUCCCCAAAUCCCCCCUGAAGUACUGUUUUCUGGAAGAAACCUUUUCCUAACCAGUUGCUACCACUGCCAGCCCUUUCCAUGAGCAAAUAGGAACCUGCUGCAUUAGUGGCUCCUUGCUGGUUCGCAGCCUGCUGCUGUGAGGGAAUUGCCAUGGCCAGUUGUUCUGCAGAUCAGUGGGAGCUGCAUGUGGUGGGAGCUGGAUCUUUUUUCCUUGAACUGUUCCUUCUUCAAAAAAGAGCUGAGAACUCACCAGCCCAACAGAUGUUCCUGGAAGGUUGUGCCACUGCUGAAAACAGUCGAUCCAGCUUUUUGAAGAUGCUUCCAAAAUGGGGGCCAUGUAUUUAUCUUGGAAGAUUUUUGUGUUUUGUUUUGUUUUUUUCUUCUUUUCUCUGUCAACUUGGCAAACCAAACUGCCUGGUUUUGUGUUUCCUUGUUUUUCUGAUCAGAGCUUUUGGGUUGGGAGCCAAAGUGGAAUGAUACAGCCCCCAACCCACCCAGAAUUCCCCCUCCCAGUGCCCUGGUUACACGGUGACCUCUGGGAUUCUGAUGAUUUCUGCAGCUUGGUGCGAUCAAGUGUCUCUUCCUCCAUUUCUUUACACAGAGAGAGUUCAAGGCUCGGAUAUUCCCUCUCUUCCCCCUUUCCCUGCCCCUUCCAGAUGCAGGGGCCAGGCUGGCUCCAGGAAAGCACUUACUCAGGCAGCGACCCGAGCCAGGGAGUGUUUUUGGGGCACUCCAGGGAGUGUUUUUGGGGCACUCCAGGGAUUUUUCUCACUGCUGAUUCCAAACCAGCAGGAUCAAAGGGCUAUGAGAGUUCCCUGUACCAGGGAUGUGCUGCCCCGAAACAGCCACUGACCCUUACAGCCAGACCAGCCGGGGUGGGUCCCCCCAGGCACCUCUUUUGGGGUGAUGGUGGUGGACAAAAAGCACUUGGAGGGGGAGCACCACUCAGCUGCAGGCUGGCAGGAGCUCCUCAACAUCCCGAACUCCAGACAGGGAGUGGAGAAACAUCUCAGGGCUUGGAGACCCCCGAGCAGGGGCUGAAGGUAGGUAAGAGAACUCAUGCUUUUGCUGCAGGGCGGCUGCUCCAUCAGGGCUUUGAUGAAGCUUUUAACUAGAGCUUGUGAUUACUUUUUUUCAUCCUUUUGUUUCUUAUUUGUUACUAAAGUUGAUUUUACUCAAAGGCACUUUCUUGGGAUGAUGUUGGCUUCUGGCAUGGAAGGAGCACGUUUCAUUGAACACUGCCAUGUGUUUGUUUUUGGUUUUUCUAAGAGAAUUUUGAUGUGAAAACAAGCAAAACCAGAAAUUGUUACACUUUGCCUGAGUGUGACAGCUGGAAAAACUCACCCAAUUUUAUACUUUUAGAAAAUGAAGUGCAUUGGUGGGAGUUUUUUAACUGUGGGCUUUGCUUUUUUUUCCUUCCCUCAACAUGCAGAAAUAAAAAGAGGGAGAAAGGCCCUGUAAAUACUGUUCAGUUGGGUUUUUAAUCGUGAUAAAUUGCUCCUGCCGUCGCGUAGCUGAUUUGUAGCACCAACAUCGUUUCUUUGUAUGUUUGUAAUAAUGAGAUUUUCAAGGGACGCUUUGAUUUGUACAAAUGACACCUGUAAAAGUGGUUUAAAAAAAUCCUCA